AAGCAGGUUUAUUUUUCGAGGUGUUUUUACGCAUUCUUAUACGCAAAAAUUACAAAUGGCAAAUCAACCUAAUAUCAACGAAACGACUUCAGCAACUCCUCCCUCAAGCAAAAUACGUCCAAAACUUGAACAAAUUCAAAAACAGCCGUCGACAAAGCGAAGACGUUUAGCAGUUAAAGAUGAGGAAGUAAAUGAAGAAUCUGGGGAAGAUUUUUUGGUUGUUGAUGAUGGCGAAUUGGAUGUGACUACGAUUAAAAAAGAUGAGCAACAUAAUAUUGGGUUAGAGGAUGAUGAUGGUGAAAUUGUUGAAUUUGGGAGAGGAUAUACAAAUAAAGGAGCUCUUUGUAUUUGGCACAAUGGUUAUCGUUAUGUACGUGUUAGACAUGAUGGUCCAUAUUGGCGUUGUACUGAAAGCAAAUGUCCUGCUAAAGCUUCCGCUGUCGAACAUUCAGAUGGAAGGAUUGUAGGCAAAUUAAGAUUAGAACAUUCUCAUUUACCUCAACCAGAACGUCGUUUGGCAGAAAUUAAGAGGCACGAAUUAAAGCAAAGAGCUAGAGAAGAUCCAAAUUUGAACAGAAUUAGAUUAAUUGCAAGCAUUCGAGCUGGAGUUGAUGAUGAAACUUUUGUGGCUAUGGGAUCGGAUAAUGCACUUGGAAUUAUGGCUUAUAGAGAAAAAGCGAAAUUAUAUGGCAAAGGAACUUCAAAAAUUUCAGCAAUUGAUGUUAUGUCAAUACGUUUUCCACAGCCACUAAUUGAGAGAGGAGGUCAAUCAAUUCUACUUUAUGAUUCUAGAAAUGUUAGAAUACACGAUAAUAAACCAGUUUUUGUGUUUGCACAUCCAUAUGUUUGUUUUUUAUUUUUAAUUUGGGUUUUUUGGGAUUUUUCAAAAUUUGCGGACACUAAUUGUCCGCAAGUGGAACAGUCGUUCCUCAUUUACUUCCGAGGAAAACAGUCGGGCCUUAUUUUACUUAACUUUAAGGAGUCGGACCUCAUAUUUUGA